UCAUUUUUCUUCUGUUCUGAAAAUGUAUUUAGUAUCAGUCAAACCAACCUGUAUGCUUAUACUUCCCUUAAACAUUAUUUCCAGGCUAAAUCUUGUGAAGUCAGAGCAUCGCUAACUAUUACUAGUCAAUAACUGUAAAAAUAAUAAAUUUCAUACAAACGUGUGUAUUUAAUAUAACUGAAAUACUGUAUAUAAAGUGAAUAAAAUUGCAAUUAAUUUGAGUACUGCACACCAUCAAUGAGAUUAAUUUUAUUGUAAUUCUUAAUCCGAAGAGAAGAGACCAGAGAGGAAGUAUUUUCAAUCUUUUAUUCUUGACAGUAGUUCUGCUGUUACCCACUAUAGCCAGGUGUGGAUUACAAUAGAGUAUAUUUUCUCCAUAUACUACUGACAACACAUGCAUCCACCAUAUUACAGAAUGAAAAUUUUUCCCUUGCACUAUUCCCAACUUCUUCUUUUUUAUUUCAAGAUAUUCUGCAUUUUUAUUUGAAAUGUGUGAGGCUGUAUCCUGUCCAAACAACGACAGAGAACCAUCCAGACCUUGUUUUUAUUUUUGAAUAGAUCAUUUUGAAUCUAUGACAUCACAGCAGUACGUUUUAUGUCUCUAUGUAAAUCCUUGACUGUAGUGUCUUCAGAUCACAUGACGUGGAAAGGGACAACUUGAUUUGAAAGCUGAACACAGGGGUCAAAUGGGAUUUUUAGAUUUUCUCAAAGAACAGGCUAUUUCCCUUCUGAAAUAAAAGCAACUGGUCUACCUAGAAGUAAAUCAGCUGGGACAAAGAAAGGAUUGUGAACACCUCACGAUGGGCGGUGGAGCCAGUUCUGAGAGCAAGGAGUCGGCCAGGAGAUCCAGAGAACUGGAAAAGAAACUCCAGGAAGAUGCAGAGAGAGAAGCCAGGACAGUCAAACUACUGCUGCUGGGUGCUGGAGAGUCAGGAAAGAGCACUAUUGUAAAGCAAAUGAAGAUCAUCCAUAAAGAUGGUUUCACAUACCAAGAACGCAUGGAGUUCAGACCUAUCAUUUACAGUAACACAGUGCAGUCUAUACUGUCUAUCGUGAAAGCAAUGACUAAGUUAGGGAUCAGUUACGAAAACCCAGCUAGAACUGAAGAUGAAAAGAAACUCUGUGACAUGGAAACAAAUCUGCAUGAUGGCGACAUGUCUUCUGAGCUGGUUGAACUCAUCAAACAACUGUGGAAAGACGGUGGGAUCCAGGCAUGCUUUGCAAGGGCAUCAGAGUAUGAGCUCAACGACUCAGCAGCCUAUUACCUCAAUGAUUUGGAUAGGUUAGCAAUGCCUGACUACGUGCCUAGUGAGCAAGAUGUUUUGCACUCCCGAGUGAAAACAACUGGGAUUAUUGAGUCUCAGUUUUCCUUCAAGGAUUUGAACUUCAGGAUGUUUGAUGUGGGUGGACAGCGAUCAGAGAGAAAAAAGUGGAUUCAUUGCUUUGAGGGAGUUACCUGCAUCAUAUUCUGUGCUGCACUCAGUGCCUAUGACAUGGUUCUGGUGGAAGAUAAAAAAGUGAACAGAAUGCAUGAAAGCCUUCAGCUGUUCAACAGCAUCUGCAACCACAGGUGCUUUGCAACCACUUCCAUUGUGCUGUUUCUAAACAAAAAAGACCUCUUCCAAGAGAAAAUAGCAAAAGUUCAUCUGAAUAUCUGCUUUCCUGAAUACGAUGGACUAAAUACAUUUGAAGAUGCUGGGAAUUAUAUCAAGAAACAAUUCCUAGACUUGAACAUAAGGAAAGAAGAUAAGGAGAUAUACUGUCACCUGACCUGUGCCACAGACACCCAGAAUGUCAAGUUUGUUUUUGAUGCAGUCACAGAUAUAAUAAUCAAAGAAAAUUUGAAAGACUGUGGCCUUUUCUAGCUGUUCAUUCCCUGACUUGU